AUGGCCAAGCUCGCGGAGCAAGCCGAGCGCUACGAAGAGAUGGUUCAGUUCAUGGAAAGCCUCGUGACCUCCGCCACGCCCUCUGCGGAGCUCACUGUGGAGGAGCGCAACCUCCUCUCCGUGGCGUACAAGAACGUGAUCGGAUCCCUCCGCGCCGCGUGGAGGAUCGUGUCCUCGAUCGAGCAAAAGGAGGAGGGCAGGAAGAACGAGGAGCACGUGACGCUCGUCAAGGAUUACAGAUCCAAGGUCGAGGGUGCGCUCUCCGCGAUCUGCUCGGGGAUCCUCGCGCUGCUCGACACGCAUCAGGUGCCGUCGGCUAGCGGGGAUUAUCAUCGGUACAUGGCGGAGUUUAAAUCUGGGGAGGAGAGGAAGAAGGCUGCAGAGGAUACUAUGGUCGCGUACAAGGCUGCUCAGGACGUUGCAGUUGCGGAUCUAGCGCCUACGCAUCCGAUUAGGUUGGGUCUGGCUCUUAACUUCUCGGUGUUUUACUAUGAGAUUCUCAACUCUUCUGAGAAAGCUUGCAGCAUGGCCAAACAGGCUUUCGAGGAAGCCAUUGCUGAGCUGGACACGUUGGGGGAGGAGUCAUACAAAGACAGUACUCUCAUCAUGCAGUUGCUAAGGGACAAUCUAACCCUCUGGACCUCCGACAUGCAGGAGCAGAUGGAUGAGGCCUGAAGAUCUUGUGGAAGAACAGACGGUUAUGUAAUGUCCUCGCAAACCAUGACCAAAAUUCUAGCUACUCUUCUCAUAUGAAAUUGGUACUCACAUUCAAGAUCUCAGCUUGCACAAGCCUCAAAGACACAAAAAUCAAACUCAUCUCUGGUAUUAAAAAAACACUUACAUUCUAAUGUUUACAUGCAGACAUGUUUGUUCUGGUGGUAUUUGGCAUUGUGAUUAUCGUACUUGCAGCUUGAUGUUGGAAAGCAAUAAUUUUCUGAAAGUUUUCAUUGAUCAUAAAAGCAUCAACGAGUGGAGAACUACUUGGUAUAUAACGUAAUUUCCAGACAAAGCUUAGAAGUUGGGUUUUGUAUCGGUUUUGUUGGGGUUUGAGAGUCUACUGGUUAAUGUAAUAGAGUGCGUAGGUGUGGAUUUUUUAUGUUGGGAAAACUUAAUAGUUGUUGGAGAUAAGUGUCUUGCUUAUCCUAAAUUGCGGAAGCAUAAUGCAAGAGAUAGUUUUUGCACCAGUUCAAAAGUGCCAAAAAUGUGAUUAUAAAAAAGUGUGUUACUAUAGUCAAAAAGAAGUCCCAAAGCUCUAGAUGCCA